UUGAUUUCUUGUUGUUGUUGUUGUUGUUGUUGUUGUUGUUGUUGUUGGCUUAUAUAUCCUCCUUAUCAUUCUUGUACAUGAUUAUCGUUUUCUUUUCUCUUCAUUUUCUUCGGUCCACCGGUGCAAUAUCUCGAUGCAAUCUUCAACUCGUUAACACUCCCACCGCCAGCAACAACUACAUCAGCCGCCAAGCGCUACUCGCAUCAAAAUUAAGAAGAAAAAAUAAAAUCGAAUAGCUGCGAUGUUAAGACUCAUUAGUUUGCAGAUGUUUACGACGUACUGCAAUUUUUCUUCUGCCAAUAUUUUAUAAUAGAAAAUGCGUCCGAGACAGUUUCCCUUUACUUUUAAUCGUGUCCGGACGCUCUUAUACCGUGUACUGAGUGUGGGAGUUCAUGGGAUGGGGUUAUAAUUUUUUCAAGAAAGAUAAUGUCCGGUGUGGUCGAGGUUAGUAAAUUUCCAUGUCUGCUAAGGUAAAAUUGGGGCAUAUACUAAAUUGCAUAUAGUCUUGGUACUCAAUCUCUGUUUCAUUAGCUAUUAAACCUGCGAAGAAUAGGUGUAGCCUUCGUGGUGACGUGGUUAGCGCGCCUAGCUACGAACCCCCAGGUUAGGAUCAAACCCGGACCUGCUGAUUCGUAGGUAGGAAUGGUAACCACUGUCGGAGCCCAGUUCAGCCAGAUGUUCAUUCCACUUAUCGGGCUGAUGGAUAAAGAGGGGAGGUAAACUGUUGUAACCCGGAUGUCACACUUGCCGUGUAUCCGGGAUAGUGUUUUCCUGUCUAUAAAUUGAAUGAAAAUAAAAAUAAUAAUUUUCUUCAUUUUUCCGUGUUCAUGACAUUUUCCUACAUUCCAGAAAAAAAGUGUGUGCAUCGACAGAUGGCAAGAUGGGGACAGCGAAUACGAUGAAGAAAUGCCGUGCUUGUCGAAUCAGUUGCCUUCCAAGGACUGUCCUCUCCAUGUUGCUACAAAAUGCUAAACAUAUCGAGGCUCUUCAUCAGUGCCACAUGGAGGUCACAAACACAUGUUGCUGCUACUGGGGAUCCCUUGCCCGGCAGUUGUGCAGCAUCCUAGUGGUGUCCAGUUCCAUGCUACAAGUGGGCCUCCUUCUGGGCUGGCCGGCCGUGCUGCCCGCCAUGCAGGCCGAUAACAGCACCGCCAUCAACAUCACGGACUACGACGUGAGCUGGCUAGUCUCCAGCGUGGGCCUCGCCGGCAUGUUCACCAAUCUUCCCUCCGGGUUCCUCAUCGACUACUUCGGAUACCGGCGGCUCCUGACCAUGUGCCUGCUGCCCGUGUCCGCCUCCUGGUUCAUGCAAGCCUUCACGACCUCGAUCACCCUCCUCUACAUCGGGAGGAUCCUAGGCGGCAUGGCUCUUAUGCUAUUCACCACUCUCGUCCCGCCCCUCAUGAUCGAACUCGUGGAACCAACCUACCGGGGCUUCCUGGGCUGUGGUUCGGAGAUUGUCGUGGCCUUUGGAAUGCUCUUGGCUUUCCUGAUGGCAGAUUUUCUCCACUGGAAGACUGUGACAAUACUCUCUGCGCUCCCCUUCAUCCCCAUCUUCUUCCUGUCGCUUGGGGUUCCGGAGUCUCCCUUCUGGCUGGUGAGGGCGGGCCGGGUGAGGGAGGCCGAGGCGGCACUCAUCAAGCUUCGAGGGCCCGCCCGUAGGCCCGCGGCGCAGGACGAACUGCUUCAGAUCCAGAGGAGCAUCAGGGAGCAGCCUCAGACAACCUUCAUUGAACAGGUGCAUCAGAUCGUCGUCCCUCACAACCUUCGUCCGCUGCUCCUCGUGUCCGCAGUCAUGAUCCUGAGAGAACUCGGGGGUCAGUUCGCCAUCUUUUCCUACGCCGCCUAUUUCUUCGCCACCGCCGGCGUGAUGAUCAACCCACUCACGUGUACGGUUCUGGUGGGCGUCAUGCGGCUCAUCUCCACUUUCACCUGCGCUUUCCUCCUCGAUCGUGUGGGCCGGCGCAUUAUCCUGAUGGCUGGGUGUUCCUGUUGCGCCAUAUCCGCCGCUGUUGGGGGCCUUUUCCUCCUUUGGGAAGUUCAGGGGUCGUCAUGGGUGCCUCUAGUUGCCGUUCUCGCCUUCGCAUUUGGGUAUGGUUUCGGCGUCUGUCCCAUUCCAUGGAUCCUGAUGGGGGAGCUUCUGCCGACACCGGUCAGGGUCGUGGGCUCCACCAUCGUCGUGUUCAUCUUCUCGGCGAUGCAAGUCUUCGUUGGCCUUAUGUUCCCCAGGCUGGUGGACGAGGUGGGUCUUGGGGGGAGUUUCCUGGUCUUCGCGGUCUUCAACACCUUCCUAGCGGUACUGGUUCGUCUGUUCCUGCCGGAGACCGCAAGCCAGAGCCUCCACACUCUUGAACAUGCAUUCGAUAGAGCCAACAGUACCACGGUCCCACUGAAAACCACCCCUGACAAAAAAACAACACCCGUAGACGAGACAGGAACGUCCCAUGAACCUCUCUUGUGAAGCACGCCACAACAAAGCCGAUUCACACUAUUACAUAUGGCCGAGGCAGUCUGAAUAGGAAUAGUGAGAAAAAGGUUUACAUGAUACAAUGACCAAGAGUUAUGGACUUACACCAAUGCAAGAGAGACAAGAGACCUUCUGGAUAAAGAUUAUUUACAGACACCAGAAGACUGGAUACGCAAAAGGCUCGUGAUCCUAUUAUCUGCCUCACGUCUCCUUUUCCUUGUUACUUAGGUUGGCUCCCGCGUGAUGCCAUGAGUUUAUUGUUGUUUGCUUUAAGGAUCAACGCCUGGUGAGUCUGCCAAAGAAGCUUAGCAAUGGACUGUAAUGCUAGUAUUAAAUUAAGGACGGAAAAAAAGGAAUUAGGAAGCAAAAAGUAGUUUAAGUAUUGUAAGUAAUUAUAAGUGCCACCAGAAACCGUUACCGCGUGAAAGGUUACCGAGUCUCACACGGAGGGCCCCAUCCCCCUCUCCCUUUCGACCCCCUGGUCCCCACUAGACACCACGUGGUCGCCGCCAGACAGACUUCUUUCCCGCCAAAAGUGCUGAGUAGCGUCAGCCCCAUCACCCUUGUCCCUCCCCUCUCACCAGUCACGUGACUUCCGUCAUUCUGGAAGCUUCCUUUCUCCUGGAAGCUUCCUUCCUCCUCCCCUUCCGGCCGCGCCCACCCACUCCCGUUUGGAGUACCGCCAUUUCCGUUCGCCCCCCCCUAUAUAAGCCGGAAACCCGAGUCGCUCAGUCUCAUGACUCAACCUUCUACUCCCCGCCCACAGGUACGUGACCUCAUCUCCCCAAGUGCUCCUCACCCCUAGUGUUCCCUACCCCUCCCCCCAGUGACAUAACCCCCUAUUCCCCCCAAGUGAAUUCGUCCCUUACUCGCCAUUAUAAUAAGUAGACUUCCAAUAAAGUAACCGAAAGUUGAAUAAUUUAUUUCCCCCAUAGUUUAUCUCUCGUGAAUCAACCUCCUCCUCCCCGCCCACAGGGCCGUUGGUACACUGGUGACUUGCCACUAACACACACAUUCACACACACUAACACUUAUAAUUCAUCAUUCUUCUCAAGAGUAUGUAACGUUGACACCCCCUAUGGCGAAGAGAAGUCAGUGGGUGCCCUUAGGACCGGUGGAACACGGGGAUCGAACCCUUACUCAUCGCUAUAGGCCGUGUCGUAACGUUAGUUUUCCCCAUGAGACAAUCGUUGUUCUUCUGGUCACUGAGUAAUUAGGAGGUAACAGAAAUAUAUCUAUAUCUUGUACGUGAGCAACACUGCUGAUGUGAGUCCUCGCAGUCUCGUCUUUCCCGUAUGAUUAUUCAUCCACUGGCAUUUGUAUCCCCCAUGUGUAAACCAUUUUUUUGCCUGGCACCGUGAGAGGUAGGAAGUAACAGAUAUCUAUUACUGUAAGUGAAUUAUCUUGCUGGUGUGAGUCUUCGCAGUGGUGGUUUCCCAUAAGCUUAUGUUCUAUUUUUGACCGGAGUCAUUACUUGGUGUCGUCCGCGGGUGUGGGCGAUAAUGUUCCUCGUGUUCUCCCCUCAGUAUUGACUCGUCAGUCGAGAGUUCAUUCUGUUGUCGGGAAAUAAACAAAUAAAUGCAUAAUGUCCUGUUUAUAGGCAUUCUUUUCUCCUUGGUGAUAACCUUGACAUGAGUAUUGUCCAGACGGCUGUGGUGGUUGCUGACUCACCGCCCUCCACACCUCCGC